AUGAAUCCUCCGGGUUCAUCAGGUCUUCUCUCGUCAGGCCCGUGGAACCAUGUAGAGGCCCAUGACACUGCCGAGAACCAUAAUACAAGAUCAGGAGAUGUUGGAAAGAGGCUUCCUGGUCAUGAAUACUUUGAGGACGUUAAUGGCUUCUGGCAUGUCGGCCUCUGGCAUAUCUUCCCCAACGGCGAACAAAUCCUUAUGGGCGUUAAGGCAAAGGUCAGCCAAUUAGAUGGCAGUAUUGCUCUCGGUGGAUAUUACAGAGGAGAGCCUGGUUCAGACCCAGAUAAAACACAGCAUCCUCUUUUCCGAAUUGUACCAGAAAUGAACGUCCAGCAGGUUCUUCUUCCGUUCGAAGUCUCCAAGGCUGCAGGAGAAGGAGUUAUAGACAAGUCUAUUAGCAUCAGGGCAUAUUUGAUGCAAAAGGAACACGAAAGACAAUUCAUUUUGUCGACAGCUCAAGCAGGUACGGGAAUGUUGGAAAGCAGAGAGGCAGAUCUCAUCGAUCCUCAGCUAUUAGAGCAAGAUACGGCGCGGCAAACCAGCAAUCAAGCCUCUGCCAACAAAGGCAAAGGCCCUGGCCACUAUUUCUCGUUUUGA